UUAUGCUCCCCCCUCUCUGUGGAAUUUCAGAGCCCGUGAGGAGCUGCUGCCUUUUGCCGCCCCAGGAUCCCAACAAGGAAUGGGAAUCUGAUGGAUUGCAAAUGCACCCGCUUGGUUUAACCCCCAGCCAACCAGAUAAGUGCCCUUUUAAUUUUCUCGCAGUCGUGCUUUAGCCAUAUCUGUGCACAAAACAUCUCUCUUCAUGCUGAUUUUAAUUUGUCUUCACAAACGAACACUCUGUGCUUCUCUCUUCUGCUCAGAAAUCCCAAUAGCAGACAGUGGUGUUCUAUGAGUGUUCUUAAUUGCCAGGAGCUGCUGCAGCCCAGGGCUCAGGGAGCUGCGGGUCGGUGGCAGCCCCAGCCUCGGGCAGCCCCAUGAUGUUGUGGGCAGCGGCUCCAUGGUGCUGCUGCCGCGACCCAUCAGCCCGUGCAGUCCUCUGGGGCUCAUUAGGGGCUUAAUAACCACACGUGGCUGGCUUGAUAGGAAAGAUGCUUGUGCAGGCUUGGCGUGAUCUCAGAGAAAGCAGCUAACGCCACUGGAAGGAGAGGGCUUUGUGCAUGUGCUGUUCAUCUGUGCGAUAGGGGAGAAGUGAUAGCCCCCGCUUCUUCCAGCAGGGAGAUGAGCAAGGAUGUGGGGCAGAAGCCCUCAGUUACAGUGGGAUUGUAUGGGGGCACGCAGAGCGUUGUCGUGGGUGAGCAGCAGCAGGAAACGUCCCUUCAGAACUGCGGGGACAGAGAAUGCAGUAUGUCAGCAAAAUGAGUUUGGGUUUCUGUAAGUGACUGCUGCCUGCUGACCGACAUGCUGAUACAAUUAUUAAGUAAUUUGAGGAAACAAGAAGAUGUGGUUCUCUUGUAAAGUCUCUCUUUCAAUAGCACACAGUCAUGAGGCUGGGACAAAUGUUUGCUGUACCUGUGACUGACAGCAUUAGAACGAAAAAACACGGAGGCAGCGUGUACAAGGGAGGGGAUUUAUGGCAGGCAGGAGAAUGGGACCCAAAUCACUCCAUGUCUGUCUUGUCUGCUCUAGCAGGAUUGAUUAAUAUCAUAAAAUACCCCUCUUGCUGUUGGGGUAACUACAAACAUGCUUGCUAUAGCAAAUUAGGCUGUGCUACUUGAUGUGAAUUUGCCUUACCUACCGAAGUGGUUAGAGAGUUUCCUGAUGAAGACAUCAGCCCAGAACAGAGGGAAAGUGGAGAACGAUUCCCUGCCACAAACUGACCCCGAGCACAACCUGUGGACUCCAUGUCCUGUCACUGACAGCCUGGAAACGAGGCUCAUAACACUGCUGUCCUGGCAGCCAAGGGCCACUGAGUCGUGGGAGGGACAAGGACUGGAGGGAUGGAGUGGGAGUUCGCUGCAGCACAAGAGCUGGAUCAAAGUCAGCCUACUUGAUCCCUGGAGUGUCUGCAGUUCUCUCUUUUCUUGGAAAAGCUCCUUGUUCAUGCUGUUGUUACCCAGAAAGGUUUUCAUAUUAAUAGUACCAAAAGCAUCUCUGGUAUCAGUGACUGUCUGCUCUCUAUCUUGCAAUUGAUAGCAAUAGUUAUCCUUGGCUCUUCAGUGAUCUGAUAAUAACAUGGCUUGAUAUUAUAUUAAGAAACACUGACGAAACAAAGGCUGUGGUAAAGUGCAGUCAGGGCUCUUUCGUUCAUCAAAGAUGAAUAGGAAAUUGAAACAUAACAUUUGUGCACCUCAAUUAACAGGGCUGUUUGCUCCUCUGAAAAAAAAAUAAUAUAAAAAAUAAUGUAAGUGAUUUCCAAGGUCUUGAUUGCUAAGUUUGCAACUUGAAAUAUCCUUUCUGCCGCUGUGCCAAUAUCGAUGCUUACCCAACUUAGGCCCCAUUACAUCAACCUGCAGUUUGUUUGCUGGGUGGAUCUCGAGGUAGAGGAGGACUCCACAGAUCUUGACAAAUUGCUGCAAAAAAUCUUGUCCUGAAUGGAAGAGCCCCAGAUCCCUCACUCUUUCCUUGUCUUACAGGUGAACCUUGAAGACGGCUGAGGCGCUGUGUAUCUCCUAAAUGCAUGCCCUUCCCCUGGGGAUAGAAAAGCAGCCAUGGGGAAAGACAAGAAAAAAGAGGAGGCUGUCUUUCUGAGGAAAAAGAUAACUUUGCUGAGGGCUUUCUCGCUUCUCAUCGGCAGCAUGGUUGGCAGCGGCAUCUUCAUCUCCCCCAAAGGAGUGCUGAAAAACUCGGGCACUGUGGGGUUCUCCCUGGUGGUGUGGUUUGCCUGUGGGCUCCUCUCCAUGUUCGGUGCCUUGUGUUAUGCAGAGCUUGGAACAAGGAUCACCAAGUCUGGAGGACAUUACAUCUAUAUUUUGGAGACCCUGGGGCCUCUGCCAAGUUUCUUGUUUCUGUGGGCAGAGUUUUUUGCUAUCAGGCCCGCCAACAGUGCUGUGGUCUCUCUGGCAUUUGGUCGCUACUUGCUAGAGCCAUUUUUUGCCCCCUGUGCAGCGCCCAUCCCUGCUGUGAAGCUCGUCUCUCUCCUGGGCUACUAUGCAGUCCUCACCCUCAAUUCCUGGAGCGUCACCUGGAGCGCACGGCUGCAGACGGCUCUCUCCAUCGUCAAGCUGCUGGCCCUCAUGCUCAUCAUUGUGCCAGGGAUGAUGCUGCUGGCCCAGGGCCACACCAAAAACUUCCAGGAUGCUUUUGACAGGCAGUCGCUGGUUCCAGAUAAGCUGCCCUUGGCUUUUUAUGCAGGCAUGUUCGCAUAUUCAGGCUGGUUCCAGACCAGCUUUGUGCGUGAGGAGUUGGUCAGACCCGAACGAAACAUCCCCCUGGCUGUCAUUGUGUCUGUGAUCACUGUCAUUGUGGGGUAUAUGCUCACCAACAUCUCCUAUUACACUGCCCUGGGAACACAAGAUGUUCUGGCUUCUCCAGCUGUUGCUGUGAGUUUUGUGCAGCAAGCCUGCACAAACCUUAUUUCAGUGGUCCCUGUCCUCGUUGCGCUGUCCUGCUUUGGCACCAUGAAUGGAGGAAUCCUCACAUUUUCCAGGACACUGUUUGUGGCCUCCAGGGAAGGGCAGUGGCCUCCUCUCUUCUCCAUGAUCCACAUUCGAAGACAUACACCCCUUCCUGCUGUCAUGCUUAUGUUCCCUUUGGUUACUGCCAUGGUGUGUAUUGGAGAUAUCUACCAUCUACUGAACUUCUUCAGUUUCUCCCGAUGGCUCUUCAUAGGAUUAGCCACUCUUGGGCUCAUUGUCCAUCGCUACCGUCACCCGGAGCUGCAAAGCCCAUUCAAGGUCCCCCUGUUUGUUCCAGUCUCUUUUACCAUCAUCUGCCUCUUCACAGUAGCAAUGUCAAUCUAUUCGGACCCUGUAAACAUUAGCAUUGGAUGCACCAUGGUUUUAAGUGGCUUUCCAGUCUACUACCUCGUAAUCCAUAGGAAAAUGUCAAAUCGCUGCCACAGACUGCUCUAUUAUCUUACACACAAGCUGCAGCUACUGUUGGAAGUAGUUCAACAAGAAAUCAAGACAUACUGAGGAAACCAUCAGAACUUACAGGAGAAGAUAUAAUCUACUUGCUACACGCCUGAUGCCUUUGAUCCUUCCAAACACAAGCCAUGCUCUUAUUCAUUUAAUCACUGCAAAUGAGGAUGAGCCUGAGCCAAAACCUUGCUGCAAGCAGCCCUAAGCUUGCCAUUUGGGAUCUGAUGAGCAAGUCACAGCUGCUUCAGCCCUUUUCUUUUUUAGCAGAACAAUCUACUUCUCUGAAAUAAGCUUUCCUUGCUUUCAGAGUGUCUUUGAAACAAAGAUCCAGAUUCUGCAGUCUAGCCCAAUCCUCAGCAACUUAUAUAUUAUUUUUUAAUUUCCUAACUUGGCAAAUAGAGAGCCUACAGCAGAACUAGAAUCUGGCUACAUGGAAGUCAAGCACAGGAUUUAAACUGAAGUCUAGGUCAGGCUGAAUGGGGCUCUGAGCAAUCUGAUUUCACUGUAGGUGUCCCUGUUCACUGCAGCAGCUUUGGACUAGAUGACCUUUAAGGGUCUCCUCCAACCCAAGCCAUUCUAUGGUUCUAUGAUUUUAUGAAAUCUGUAGCACCAUGUGGAAUGAUGCUGUGGGGAAAGAUUAUAGAGGGAAAUGGGCAAGGAGUGCAAACCAGAGAAUGAAGUACAUGUGGAUGAAAGCAGGAGGUGGGGGGGGAUAAAACUUCACUCACCAGGAAGCAAAGAUUUGGGUUAGUGGGAAGAUAUUUGAAAAUCAUUUAAAAUUCAAAUAACGAGCUAAGAAAACUCAGAAUGUUUUAUUUAUUGUUGUGUAAGUGAAAUAACUCUAUUUUGCUUCAAAAUAAUGCUUCAAUUUUGAAUUUUAUUGCUUUGAAACGAUAUUUCAAAAUGUACUGACACAGUAAAAAAUGUAUAUUAAAAAAAUAGCUAACUACCCCAAAGCAGAGUUCAGAAUAGGCUUCGAUUCUUUCCCAAGGACCCCACCUCACCUGGUACCACCAGUGAAGCUGGAAAUUCAGCUUUUGUCCCAGCAGCAGUGAAAUAUGAUUAUCCUUUUGUUAGACAAGAGCAGUAAAGAGUCGUGGGCAGAUUCCUUAUGAAGUGUACCUUUUGGUGCUGUCGGAAGACAUGAAAGACUUCAGGUCUGAGCUUCAACUUCAAAUCUACAAUCAAAAGACUUGCUGAAUCAAUACAGAAAUGCUCAUUUGAACUACUGGCACCAGAAAGGUUUCUGUUGUUGGAUUACUUCAGUUUACAUUAUGAACGUUGCGAAGUUAGAAAGAUAAAAAGCACAAUUAGCUAUUUCCAAUCACUGAAGUGUUAAUCUUUUCCUAGAAGAUUGGAAGCAGCAUCCUGAGCCUCAUCUGAUGGCCCUGGAGAGAGCAAGAGCAGAAUGUGAAGCAUUUGUAAUCUACCAAGCAUUCAUGCACUUAGAGUAAUGCCAAAGUAGCAUUUAUUUACCAAAACAUGUAAAAUGCACAGUCAAGGACUAGAAAUAAAUAAAGGCUUUGUUUUUUUUCUU